AUGAUUGGAAGAAGAGUCUGUGAGAGUGUAGCGCUAUGGGGUGUUCAGGGGCGGUGGGCUAAUGGUGAAAGGCCUUUCCCAGUCUCGAAUUUGAAUUGCAGCAGAGAAGUGACGGUGUGCGGCCUCCGUUCAAGCUACAAAGCGCGGCGGCGCACAAGGGUACUCUCCAAAGAGAGCAUUCAAGUCAUCCACGCCCUUAAACUCGCCAAAUCCCCCGAACACGUUCUCAACGCCAAACUCUCACGCCUUUUGAAACCUGAUGCCUUAAACCUAUUUGACGAAUUGCUACGACAAAACCAGCUCGAUUUAGCUCUCAAGGCAACACAAACUUUCUCUUUCAAUUUCAAUCAUCGUGGCUUAUUUUUUUCUUUUAUUUAA